AUGUCCAACGCCAUGUCACAACGCGCCUCUGAGGAACCAGAGGACCAAGUCCAGGGGGCAUCGAACACGGCCGGCACCGCUGUAGACGCCACCACCAUGAACGGCACCAGCGGCAACACAGACAUCAGUGAAGAGGAUUCCGAUGCCUGGUACCGGAACCACAACGUGCCACCAAACUCCUUUGCAUCCUCCUCCUCCCGCUCCUCCUCCUCCUCCACCACCUCAUCGGUGGCCACAACACCGGGGUUCACCAACUCCGACUCCAUCUCGAACAACAGCGCAGGGACGCGAGAAACAUCACCCCCUCCGCGAGCCAGUUCCGGAGAUGGAUCCCCGGUUAUAAACCAUCACCAUCAGCAACCCCAACACCACCCCCAGCAGCACAACCAUCACCCUCAUCCCAACCCCAUCCCCAUCCCCAACCUCAAUCACCCCCAGAGCAACCAGCACCCUCCCCCCGCUCAAGACCCCCUCUUCCGCCGCCUCUGCACCACCUGGCUCCGCCACCUACACCAUGUCCUCCAAGCCCACGCUUUGGUUGUCCGCGCCCAACACAUCCACGACACCAGAUGGCUGCAAGUUAAUUCCCACCUCUUGUGGACAGUGGCGCCGUUGACGGAAGAGGCAAGGCUGUGGUGGGUUGCGUGGCACACGCAGAACGAACGGCGGAUGUUGCGCGAGGCGGAGUGGCGGUUGUGGGUGUUGAUGAAUGAGGAUACGCCGCGGUUGGUGAGGGUGUUCGGGCAAGGAAAUCUGGGAUGGAAAUACCAUGUCUUGUUCACAAAAUCCAAUCUUCUAUCUCUCAUCACUUUUGCCAUCACCAUAGCCAACAGAAUCACAAUAGUGAACCAACACAAUAUGCGCUUCGUAAUGGCACAACCACAACCAUCAACCACCAUACCCAUCCCGCCAGCUCUGCCCAGCAUGGACCAAAGCGACAUCGAUGUUCUCUUUCAUCACCCCAUCCCAACGGAGCCUCGCUCAAACCCAAACGAAGCCGACGGAAACCUAAACAUCGCUUCUGAGGAGCCUCACCAAACGGCAGAGUCGCCUAACACCCACCCGGACUCUUCAGAGGACAUUCCAAGGCCCGCAACUCCGAGUACAUCUACGCCGGUUUGUUAUGAUACUUACUCAGCGCUACUAAUCGUGGCAUGGCUUGCUACCUUGCCGGAUUAUCUUCCUCCCCGCAGAAGACGACAAAGAUGUCGCGUGCACUGUCGACGACACCAACAUGCACGCCAUUGUUUCGGCGGCGUCAACCAUACGGCAGAAGAAGGAAUGGACUUGGAUGAUUUUACGGAGAAGGAUUGGGAUAUGGUAGAGUAG